AUGGCGGAGGGCUGCGGGCGGCCCGGCGGCGGGCACGGGGAGCGCUGGGCUCUGCCGCUCCGCCCGCCGCUCUGCCUCGCCUGCGCGGUGGAGACCCUGGGCGACGGCAGCGCCUCGCUGGUGCGCAAGAAGCACGUCCUCUCCCGGCUCCACCGUGCCCUGGCCUGGCAGGCGCUGCCCGUCGUCCAGCUGCUGGCGGCAGACGAGAGGGUCUGCCUUCGUUUGAUAGGAGCUCUCCUCGGGAUGUUACAUACUGUGGAAGACAGCAGUGCCCUGGACCUCUUUGUAGAAGUUCUGGUGCGGCUUGUAGUGGAGUUGAAGUCAGAGCAGUACUUACACUGCAUUUUGGAUGAAAGCCAAAAAGAGCUGUGCAAAGCAACUACCUUGAGAAGCAGCCUGCCGACAUUCACUCUCUUGGGCAAGCUGGCAGAUGCCAUCCCAGGCUUUGCUGAUGUACUGGUGGUAGAGCACAGUAAUUUAGUGGAUCAUCUGCUGAUGGGCUUGACAUACCCAAAUGAAGGUAUUAGGGCUGCUGUCUGCUACUUGUAUGGCAAGCUGUACUCCUCUCCUGUCAGCACAGAACGGCUCUCAGCACAUUUUGGAGAAAGGCUGUGUGGUCUCUUCUUGAGUACCUUGGGGCGUGCACAGACAAAGGAGCUGCAGGUUAAUUGUCUGGGUUUGCUAAAGGAGCUGCUGAAAUCUGACCAUUUUGUAUCCAUUAUUAUGAAUAAUUCAAACACAGAGGACGAGUCUGAGAACCCUGACUUCUUAGAAGGGGAAAAUCCACUGCCACUUGUUCUCAAAAGGUUUUUGUUGACCAGAGAUGAGAUGUUACAGGCAGCAAGUUCUCACUGUAUGGCUGCAGUAAUGGUUCACUCUCCCAGCAGAUAUGCUCCUGCUUUUAUCCAUGCAGAUGUCCCAGAGUUCCUGUUUGAGUGUCUCUCUUGCAACAGUGAAAUUCUUAUCUGGUCAGUCUAUUGCUGCCUGCUCCUCCUGACGGAAGAGCGCCUUUUCUUCUCCAGGUGUCACACAGUCUAUGGCAUUGAAUCUCUGCUGAGGAGUCUCCGAGUUGUCCUGCAGCUGAGCAAUGUGGAGUUGAACAAACAAGGGCUCCUGCUCCUCACUGAAAUACUGCAACGGAAGGACCAUCUGAGCUGCCCUCCAGUCCCAUAUGAAGAGCUGCAGAAGCUGCUGGAGGCAGUGCUGAAGAGAUGUGCUGACUUUUUCCCACCGCAGAGUAGCAAGAGACAUGCAGGUGACCUAUUUGCAGUGUCUCAGAGUCACCCAGCAAACAGAAGUCUCAGCAGAGUUUCUCACAGACAGGGCCAGUUCUUGUUCAACACCUUGGAAAGUUUCAGAAAUGCUUGCAGGUUAGCAGUGGAAUUCCAGAGCGACCCCAUGGCCCAGGAGAAUGCUUUCACUGCCCCCAACUCUGAGAGAAGGGACACACUGAGCAACUUCUCUGAGUUCCUGUUGAAGAUUUGUGACAAUCUCUGCAUCCCCAUGGUCGUGAACUACCUGGAAAGGGCUGUCAGCCCAUCAGUGAUGGAGGUUUUCAUCUCAACACUCAAUACCCUCUUUACAGUGGUGCCAAACAUGCAGAUCAAGUUCUCCAAAAAGCUGGCAUCCUCCUCCUUCAUCCGACUGACACUGGAGCUGAAAGCCAGAUUUUGCUCUGUAGAAAGUAAUCCUGAUUUGAAUCAGGCCUGUUCCAGCUUCCUCUGCAGCCUGUGCCUGAGCCUUUACUCUGCCACAGAGAAGGAGAGAACUUCUCCUCAGGAGGAGCAAGAGAUGUCAGAGCUCCUGCAGAAAGGUCUGCCUCAAUUAAACUACACUGUUGCUGAAAGCCUUCUUCUCCUGGCUGAAACCCCCGAACCCUUCACUCUGGAUCAGUCUCUUUGCAGCCACCAACACUGCUUCAUACUACUCUUAUACUUCGCAUACACCCUUGGGGACAGGUUUGUCCCAGAAGCAGAACUAUUUUUAGCCAUAAGAGAUUUCCUCCUAUCAGCACAGGACCAUGGGGACUGUCCCCCUCCAUACGUACUCAGAGCUGCACUUUACCUCCUUGCUGUCUGUCAGGACAAAGGCGAUGCCCUGGACUUGAGGUCAUUGUGUACCAUAAGAAGGAUCCUGGAUAAUCUCCCAGAUCUGAGCUUGGUCUACAUCCAUUGUCCUCUCCUGCUGAAAUUCUUCCUGCACUACCCUGAACUUAUGGGGAGAUUUGGACACCAAGUCCUCCAACUUUGGUUUUCCUGGGGAGAGCACAAGCGAACUGAGACUGAAGAAGCUGGUCUUGGCACAUCUGAUCAGCUGAACAGCACUAACCCUUUACUUCCCAUUCUGAAGAGCAAUUCCAGCAUUUUACUUAUUUUACUGGACCUGGUCUGCUCAAGCCCUGUGGAGGUGGCUUGGAAGGUGUUGAUGACUCUAAGGACCUUCCUGGAAAGAAAUGAGGAUGUCCCUGUCUGUGACCUGCUCCGGAGUCAGUUCCUACAGAUUCUGCAGCAGCUGCUGGUAGAGAGCAGCUCAGCCUCCUUACAAGCUAACAGAAACCUGCCUGUUUUGCUGAACCUCCUUUUCCUGGUGCAGCUGCGGAGCAAGGGUGUGAGGGAGCUGGACAGUACAGACUUCAAGCUGCUUCACCAGGUUAGUAAUCUCUGUGGGAAGUGCAGUCCAAGGGACACUGACCUCCUGCAGCCAUCCCUGAAUUUUCUGUACUGGAGCCUUCAUCAGACAACACCUUGUAGUCAACAGAGAGCGGUGGCUGUGCUGCUCUCCAAUGUGUCCUUGCUGGAGCUCCUGCAGAAGGUCUUGGAAUGCACCUGGUUGCGGUCCCCUUCCUCUGAACCUGCUUGCCUAUCACCUGAGGAUGCCUUGCUGUGCUCUGGGUGGCUGUUGGUUGCAUCCCUCUUACUUUAUCAGCAUCGCUACAAUACCGAGGUUCACCAGACUCUCUCUCUGGACCUAACAAAAGUCCUGGAUGCAGUCAUCUUCAGGAGAAAGAAGCCAAUACUCCUGUUAGUGAGCAUCAUGCAAUUCCUGAGAGCUAUCCUGCAACAGAACUUCUCCUCCUCUCUGCUGGUGGUCGUUGGCCAAAACACAGCCCAAGGUGCUGUGCAACCACAGCCAUCACCACUGCAGGAUGCUGCCCUACACCCCUUGGCCACGCAGCAGGUCUUCUCACUUGUUGUCAGUCUGCAGAACCUUUUGGUGCAUGUCCAGUUGCAGAAAGACUUGCUGCUCUCUCAAGCUGUAGUUGCCUGCCUGGAAACUUUAGUGGAGUACCUGUAUGCGAAGAACCAGGAUGUUGCUCUACAUGUUGCUUCACAGCCCUGGCACCGAUUCCUGCUCUUCACACUGCUCCAUGGGGGCCAGAAGUCCCUUCUGCAGCCAGAAGUUCUCAGGCUGAUGACUUUGUUUCUGAGAUACCAGAGCAGCAAUAUUAUUUCUCAAAAAGAUAUUAGCCAGAUUCUCCAGGAGGCAGCAGAAGCCAACUUAGCAGAGCUGCCUGCAGCCACAUCUCAUGCUCUUCAUCUCUUCCUUUGUCAGAUUCAGAGCAGUCACUGCCAGGUGGAGGCAGGGGCCAUUCAGACCUUGCUGGAGCGCCUCCUGGGACAGAGAAGCACUUGUGUGAAACAUCAGGACAUUGUGUAUCCUUUGCUGGAAAUGAGGAGGCAUUUGGGAUGCAAGAUGGGUCUCUCUGCUGGGAUUGCCUUCAUCUGUAUGGUAGAGGUGUGGUGUGAUGAAAGGGGAGCAGGCCAGGGAGCCUGUGACUUCAAAGCAGUAACGAUCCCUGUACUGAUUUCCCUGGAGGACGAACAAUCACUUAACCUGGGUCUGCGUGCUAAUUAGUGCCAGUGUGCCUUUGAAGUCAUGGAAACCCAAAGAUGACUUCAGCACUUCCAAAGCACAGUGAGCAUUCAGAAACUGCUGAGCUGAGUUACCAACUUAUGUUCUGCUUGGCCUGUGUUGAGAACUGAAUCCUCCUCUUCUCCAUGGGUGGGAGGCAGGGCCCAGUCCCAGAUUACCUGUGGAGAGGGAGGGAGCCUGACUGCAGUAUUUGUUUGUUUCUCAAACUAUCUGCUUUUGCCUUCCUGUUUUCAUCACCCUGCGUUGCCUCAGCCGGGUAGCAGUGGUGGAAGUGGCCCUGGCAGUGAUUUCCUGUUGGGGUGGGGACUUCCUCCAGUGUGGGACACUGUCAUCAGCCAUGUGCAGGGUAUGAAUUGGGUGAGGUGCUUGUUGUCUCCAAGAAGCUGUCUCCUUGUGCUUACCCCACUACUGCUUUGGGGUGGGAUGCUCAGAGCACAAGUUGUCCAGAUGGAGACUAUCCAGCCCCAGGAAGUUCUUCUCCAGUGCCUUUGCUUAUCUGUAUGGGGGUGAGAGAAGGUGGACAGGAGAUGGUGUUAUGUUGCUAAAGUGGCCUCUAUGUUUUCCACAUAUGAAGAAACCUUCAAGUCUUGGUUGUUAUGAGGGGUUUUGGAUAUGGUCAAAGAGCAACAGUGGUGGCUACCUGAAUGGGAUGGUCAUGAACACAGAAGACAAAAGUCUCUGGUAGCAAACAAGCUUUGACAUUAAUUUUGUCAAGACAGAACUUUAUUCAGGUUCACCCACAUGGGUGUAUCUCACACCUGUUGGGGAGCGGGGGGAGUUCCAUGGCUUGGGGGAGGGUUGAUUUAGUAAUGAAAACCUGUCAGCAUUGUGUCAACUGUGGGAAUUCCCAUAGCAGGCUGGAGUUCCAGCCAUGCCUUCCCUUCAGUUUCCGCUCAUGCCAUCAAUGACAGAUGUCUGGGUGGUGUGGCAGUGUCCCUCUCACACAUUGGAGACUGAAAUGAGAAGAUUCGGCGCAUGCAGCAGAGGAACAAAGCCAAGAACGGAACAGGAGACCCCAUCCUGUUUUAUUCCCAGUGAGUAGAGACAAGAUGGACGAUGGAAGUAAUUAGUAGCUCAUUUUUCAGAGAAAGGUUUGUUGAAAUCACUUAUAAAGCCCAGUUACCAAAAUG